CAAGGAGGCAGUAUUUUCUAUGUAUCCAGAUAAGUCGCCAGGGCCGGACCGCAUGAGCCCAAGAUUCUUUCAACACUUCUGGGAUGUGAUUGGACCGGAUGUGGUGGACUACUGCAGAACUGCCUUUGAAUCAGGAAGGCUACCCGAUAAGGCCUCACAAGCCGAAGCUUUGACCAUACGGGGGAUUUUACAAGCGUAUGAAUCAGCCUCCGGUCAAAUGAUAAAUUUCAAUAAAUCUAAAUUCUUUUUUAGUGCCAAUGUGACAGACUAUGUUAAGAAGGAGCUGACAGAUUUGCUGCAAGUUGGAUCUGCCGGGGAGGAGGAGAGG